AUGAAGGCCGUCGCCUCCCUGGCAACUGCCAUCACCCUGGGUGCCCAGGCUGUUCUGGGUGCUCCCUCCAGCACGCUUACUGCGGAGAAGCGUGCCACCAGUGUCACCCCCAUCACCGUCAAGGGCAAUGCCUUCUUCAAGGGCGAUGACCGCUUCUACAUUCGCGGUGUCGACUACCAGCCCGGUGGUUCCUCCAAGCUCGCCGACCCCAUCGCCGACAAGGAAGGCUGCAUGCGUGAUAUCAAGAAAUUCAAGGACCUGGGCCUCAACACAAUCCGUGUGUACUCUGUCGAUAACUCCCAGGACCACGAUGACUGCAUGAACGCCCUGGCCGAGGCCGGCAUCUACCUCGUCCUCGAUGUCAACACUCCCAAGUACUCGAUCAACCGUGCGGAUCCCGAAAUCUCAUACAACGACGUCUACCUGGAGUACAUCUUCGGUACCGUUGAAAAGUUUGCCAAGUACAGCAACACCCUGGCCUUCUUCUCCGGCAACGAGGUCAUCAACGAUGGUCCCUCCUCCAAGGCCGCCCCCUACGUCAAGGCUGUCACUCGUGAUCUGCGCUCUUACCUGAAGUCCAACGGUCACCGUCAGAUCCCAGUUGGCUAUUCCGCUGCCGAUAUCGACACCAACCGUCUUGAGAUGGCCGAGUACAUGAACUGCGGUACGGAUGACGAGCGUUCGGACUUCUUCGCCUUCAACGAUUACUCGUGGUGUGACCCCUCAUCCUUUACCAUCUCCGGCUGGGACCAGAAGGUCAAGAACUUCACCGGCUACGGUCUUCCCCUGUUCCUUUCUGAGUAUGGUUGUAACACCAACACCCGCAAGUUCGAGGAGGUCAGCGCCCUGUAUUCCACCAAGAUGACCGGUGUCUACUCCGGUGGUCUCGUGUACGAGUACUCUCAGGAGAGCAGCAACUACGGCCUCGUCAAGAUUAGCGGCGACUCUGUCACUACCCUGGAUGACUAUGAUGCCCUCAAGUCCGCCUACGACGAGACCGCCAACCCCAGCGGCGAUGGCAACUACAACAGCACCGGUGGUGCCAACGGCUGCCCCAAGAAGGCCGCUCCCAACUGGGAUGUUGAUGGCGAUGCCCUCCCCGAGAUGCCCACCCCCGCCCAGAAGUACCUGAAGGAGACUGUCAGCACCUUCCCUGGCUUCAGCGGCAAGGGUAGCCAGAACGCCGGUACCCAGUCCACUGCGACUGCCACUUCUGGUUCCGGCAGUGCUGGCAGCCCUGGCAGCACCAGCGGCAGCAGCGCCGGUACCACCUCUUCGGGUGCCGCUGCCAGCUUGAAGCCCUUCAGCUUCAGCAUGGCCCCCGUCGCUGUCGGCUUGGCGACCUUGGUGUCUUCGCUGUUCGGUGCCACCGUCAUCCUUCUGUAA